UUGACCAAGAACAGGCGACGCUAUGGCAUCUAUAAAGAGGUGACGGUUUUUGAGCGCUCAACCUCGUACUCUGCUAAUCUCGCUCUUUGCUCAAAAGUCAGACCCCAAAAUCUUGUCUGCACGGAAACGGAAUUGCCAAGGCUUCGUGACAUCUGGCCUUUUGACCAUUUGAACUUCUGUUUUUCGUUGAGGUCGUUGAGGAACGAUGAGUUCAGAUGGUGCGAAGGAAGAUUGUCUUGGUUGGGCUGCCAGAGAUCCUUCUGGACUUCUCUCCCCCUACAAAUUCAGCCGCAGGACCGUGGGAAGCGAUGACGUCUCGAUUAGGAUCACGCACUGUGGAGUGUGCCAUGCAGAUGUGGGUAGGACUAGGAAUAUGGCGGGAGACUCCAAGUAUCCUCUGGUGCCAGGGCACGAGAUAGUUGGAAUUGUGAAACAGGUUGGCUCCCAUGUCCAACGCUUCAAAGUUGGCGAUCAUGUGGGUGUGGGAACUUAUGUCAAUUCAUGCAGAGAGUGUGAGUAUUGCAAUGACGGGCUAGAAGUCCAUUGUGAAAAGAUGGUUUUGACUUUUGACCGAAUCGAUAUGGACGGUACAGUCACAAAGGGAGGAUAUUCUAGUCACAUUGUCGUCCAUGAAAGAUACUGCUUCACGAUUCCAGAAAACUUACCGUUGGCUUCAGCAGCACCAUUGCUCUGUGCUGGAAUCACAGUAUACACUCCAAUGAUGCGUCACAAGAUGAACCAACCUGGUAAGUCUCUUGGCGUAAUUGGACUCGGUGGGCUCGGUCACAUGGCAGUUAAGUUUGGGAAGGCUUUUGGACUGAAAGUCACAGUGUUCAGUACGAGCAUUUCUAAAAGGGAGGAAGCACUGAGCUUGCUUGGUGCUGACCAUUUCGUCGUCUCAUCUGACCCGGAACAGAUGAAGGCCAUGGCUAAGUCCCUGCACUUUAUAAUUGACACGGCAGCCGGCGAUCACCCAUUUGAUCCUUACAUGUCUCUUUUAAAGACGGGUGGCGUUCUGGCGUUGGUUGGGUUCUCACGUGAAGUUAAAUUCAGUCCAGCAAGCCUUAACAUCGGUAUGAAAACUGUUUCGGGUAGUCUAACGGGAGGAACAAAGGAUAUCCAAGAAAUGAUAGACUUCUGUGCGGCGCAAAAGAUAUACCCAAAUAUUGAAGUGAUACCGAUCGAUUAUGUCAACGAAGCUUUGGAGAGGCUCAUCAAGAAAGAUGUUAAGUAUCGAUUCGUGAUCGACAUUGAGAACUCCUUGAAGUGACACCAUCAAAUUGGAGUCCUAGUCAAUAGGAAGUGGCUUGUUUUUAGGAGUUAGUUUCUGCACAUGUUCUGGUUAGUGGAGUGUGUUAGUGGGUCUUUGUUGUUGUUAUUCUGUAGCUAUCUCCUUGCUAAGUGGUUUGGAUGUUCUGUCUAUUUAAUAGGCUUCUGUUCUAAUGAAUAAAGUUACAGCAACAAUUCUCUUG